GGGACGGUCCGUGCCCACCCCGAGGACCAUGAAGGGUCCCGGGCCCUGCUGAGGCUUUAGGUAACACAUACGGUUGUUGACCAUGGCAUCGGUGACGCCAUCCUUUACCUUCAAGGAGUUCUGCCCCUUGUAUUACCUCCUGAACGCCAUUCCUACGAAGAUCCAAAAGGGAUUUCGUUCCAUUGUGGUGUACCUCACUGCCCUCGAUACCAAUGGGGACUACAUUGCUGUGGGCAGCAGUAUUGGGAUGCUGUAUCUGUACUGCAGGCACCUAAACCAGAUGAAAAAAUACAAUUUGGAGGGGAAAAGCGAGUCCAUUACAGUUGUCAAACUGUUGAGCUGUUUUGACGAUCUUGUUGCGGUUGGAACAGCUUCGGGCAAGAUUGCGGUUUUCCAGUUGGUCUCUUCGUUGCCUGGGAGAAACAAACAACUUCGCAGAUUUGAUGUGUCUGGGAUCCACAAAAGUAGCAUCACAGCCUUGGCGUGGAGUCCCAACGGAAUGAAAUUGUUCUCUGGAGAUGACAAAGGGAAGAUCGUCUACUCCGCUUUGGAUUUCGAUCAGGGUCGUUGCAAUUCCAGUUUGGUCUUGGAGGAGCCAGCUUCAAUUGUGCAGCUAGACUAUAGCCAGAAAGUGUUACUGGUCUCUACUUUACAGCGAAGUCUACUGUUUUACACAGAAGAAAAAUCCGUCAAGCAAGUUGGAACCCAGCCCAGGAAAAGCACCGGUAAAAUCGGAGCAUGUCUUAUCCCUGGGCUGUGUAAACAAAGUGACCUGACCCUGUUUGCGGCAAGGCCUGGGAUUCGCCUCUGGAAAUCGGACGUCCACGGGACUGUACAGGCCACUUACAUUUUGAAAGACGUUUUCGUCGCUGGGAUGAAGCCUUUUGAGUUGUAUCCCCGGAUGGAACCCGCAGACAAGGGAAGUUACAGUUUCCCUGACAGGCAACUCGGGCUCAUCUCUUGCUUUUUCCAGGAAGGGUGGGUGCUCAGCUGGAACGAAUACAGCAUCUAUUUAUUAGACACCAUCAAUCAGGCUCUGAUUGGCAGCUUGGAAGGGUCUGGUGAUAUCGUGUCUGUGUCCUGUACCGAAAACGAGAUUUUUCUUUUAAAAGGAGACAGAGACAUCAUAAGGCUCUCAAGCAGACCUGAAGGAUUGGCGUCAAUAGAUGUAAAUUCGAAGGUGGCGUGUCCGUUGUCUGACUUGAGCCCAAAACUACAGAGCCCACUCUCGGUAGUUGCAUCUGUAUCGCUCGACCCGUUUGCACAAGCAAACCAGAAACCGAGUAGCUUCCCUUCACCCCAGACUCCUGGUGAUAAAAAUGGUUCUCUGACAAGAGCUGAUCUGGAAGCUGCGCUGUUAACGGAGAAAAUUUGCUCGCAGAGCUUUGAUGGACUCGGGGACUUGACUGACGACCCAAGGAGAAGAGGCUACUCAGCAGCCAGCGAGUCGAGAAGCAGGAGCAGCUCGAUGAAUUCUGUGGACAGUGGCUCCAGUUUCAUGACCAGUGGAGACCAAAUCUUCCUGGAAGGUCAAAGAGAAGGUCCCCUUUCUUCUCAGAGAUUCAGCGUGAUUAGCUCUGAAGACUUCAACCAGGAGCUCAUUGUCAAACCAAUCAAAGUGAAAAGGAAGAAAAAGAAAAGACCUGAAAAUGGAACCAGGGGAAAUCCGAGCUCUCUUGAGAGCACGCCGUGCUCGGAAUAUCAGGGUUCUACUGACAGUCCCCAGUCGAUAAACGCAGACUCCCUCUCCAUUACUUCGAGCCUGAUGAGCGGCGUUGUAGACCGCUUAAGUAUAGAUUCUCCAGACCAGGAAAGUCUGGAAUCGCAGUGUGUGUUGCGGGAGGAAAAUGGCUCUGAAUUGUUCAGCGUGCUUCAGUCUCCAGAGUCAGCAGCUGCUCUGACCCCAGAGGAGAAUGGCGAAGCUCCGGAGCUGCUGAAACUUUCUAAUGGGGAGAACGAAGUGGGUGCGUUGCCUUCCGCGGACUCCUCCGCUUCUGGCUCCCCCUUGCUGCUUGCUGGUGAGCAAGUGGGUAGCGCUGAGGCUGAACGUGACGGGAACCUUCUGCCCAAAUUUGCCGAAACCACCUCGAAUCAGCCGUCCCAAGACGAAGAGUUGGUGGUUUCUUCCUUAUGCGAAACAGAGCAGAUAGUAGAUCAGCCAGGCCAGCAAAGUACUUUAAGUUCUGUAAAAGACACAGAGCCUAUGAAUGGCGUUCUGGCUAAUGUGAAAAUGGCCUCUGACAUCGAGGAAUCUUUUGGCAGGGAAAUAGAUGCUGAACCCCUCCCAGAACAGGAAUCUCAGCAACCUCUGAUGGACGGAACCCCCCCAAACCAUCUUUGUCACCCCCUUGCCAUUUCUAAGGACGAGCCAUUUCACCAAGAGAAGGCCUUAUCUGGGCAGGACUUCCGGGAGGCAUUCAGCCCUAAAUGCAACGCCACCGCUGCCAACAAAUGGACAAGCAACGAAGCUGGAGCUGAGAAAUCCGCCUCGAGUGACGAAGAGGAUAUCUAUGGACACGGCCUGCCUUGUUCAUCUUCAGAGACUAGUGUGGCAGACGUUGGGGGCUGCCUCGCUCCUCCGGAGAAAGCCCAAGCGAGCGUAGAGGAAGGGAUGCUUUUAAAAUCCGAUCAGUUUGCAGAAAGCUGGAUGGGCUAUGCAGGCCCUGGCUAUGGAAUACUGAGCCUGGUUGUCUCCGACAAAUACAUUUGGUGCCUGGAUUACAAAGGUGGCCUGUACUGUAGUGCUUUACCGAGCGCCGGUCUGCGCUGGCAGAAGUUUGAGGAAAACGUCCAGCAGGUGGCAGUCUCCCCUUCAGGGACUCUUCUUUGGAAAGUUGAACAAAAAACCAAUAAAGCCUUUGCCUGUGGGAAAGUCACCAUAAAAGGGAAACGGCACUGGUACGAGGCUUUACCCCAAGCAGCGUUUGUGUCUUUGAGUGACGACACGGCCUGGAUUAUCAGAACAAAUGGUGACUUGUAUUUGCAGACAGGCCUGAGCGUCGACCGCCCCUGUGCCAGAGCUGUGAAGGUGGACUGCCCAUAUCCACUAUCGCAGGUCACAGCCAGAAAUAAUGUCGUUUGGGCAUUGACCGAGCAGCGUGCGCUUCUGUACCGGGAAGGCGUGAGCAGCUUCUGCCCAGAAGGGGAGCAGUGGAAAUGCGAUAUCAUCAGUGAAAGGCAAGCUUUAGAGCCGGUGUGCAUUACUCUUGGAGACCAGCAGACCAUAUGGGUCUUGGACAUCUAUGGGAAUCUAUGGUUCAGGACCGGCAUCAUCUCAAAGAAACCCCAAGGGGAUGAUAACCACUGGUGGCAAGUAAGCAUUACGGAUUAUGUAGUGUUUGACCAGAGCAGCCUUUUCCAGACCAUAAUCCAGGCGACACAAACGGUAGCCACGGUCGCCCAGGCUCCCGUUGAGAAGGUCGCCGACAAACUCCGCACCGCUUUCUGGUCGCAACAGCUGCAGUGUCAGCCCAGCCUGCUUGCGGUCAACAGCAGCGGCGUCUGGAUCUCCUCUGGGAAGAACGAGUUUCACGUCGCCAAGGGAAGUCUGAUAGGUACGUAUUGGAAUAACGUUGUCCCCCGCGGCACUGCUGCAGCCACCAAAUGGGCUUUUGUGAUGGCUUCUGCUGCUCCGGCAAAAGAAGGGAGCUUUCUGUGGCUGCGUCAAAGUAACAAGGACCUCUUUUGUGUCAGUGAUCAGAACCCGCAGUUCCACCCUUCGACUGUUCAGCUCCUCCUCGAUACUGAGAUGGUACAUUAUUCCGCUUGCCAGGAUGCCAUGUGGGGCUUGGAUAAUCUGGGACAGGUCUUCAUAAGGACGCUUUCGCCAACUUGCCCGACUGGAAUGCAUUGGACCAAACUGGACCUUUCUCAGCUAGGUGCUGUGAAACUGACCAGUUUAGCAUGUGGAAAUCAGCACAUCUGGGCCUGUGAUAGUUGUGGCGGUAUCUACUUCCGGGUUGGUACUCAGCCUUUGAACCCAAGUUUGAUGCUGCCGGCAUGGAUCAUGAUUGAGCCCCCAAUCCAGCCAGUCGGAGUCAACUUAAUCAGCAUCUUCUCGAGUCCCAAUGACCAGAGUCUGUGGGCGAUCGAUAGCAAAGGGAACGUACACGUCCGCACUGGGAUUACUGAGGAGAUGCCUGUGGGAACUGAUUGGGAGCAUGUUCCAGGGCUUCAGGCCUGCCAAUUGGCAAUAAGUACAAGAACGGUUUGGGCCCGCUGUCCAAAUGGGGAUGUGGCACGACGGUAUGGCAUCACAGAUAAAAAUCCCGCAGGAGACUAUUGGAAGAAGAUUCCGGGAAGUGUUUCCUGUUUGACAGCUACUCCUCUAGAUGAACUGUGGGCAAUCGGUGCUUCAGGACAGCUCCUUCAACGCCUCACGAAGACUUUCCGCCACUCUUACUCCAUGCAGAAGCACAGCGACGCCUCAAUAUCAUUUCACUCUGACGAUUUCGAAGAUGAGUGGGAAGUCAUAUGAGGCCGUCGCGAGAUGCGGAACUGUAAAAUAGCGAGGAAACGCACUUGGAAAUCCUGUUACAUGCCAGAAUGUCAGGCUUUUAAAGCCCCUCACGUUUUGACGAUAUUCGCACUUUGGUAUUUAAAAAA